AUGGCAAGCGAAGCAACGUCGUUAACGGCUGAUGAGCAGCUUACCAGCGCGCUCGAACCAGGCGAGCACACCUUUCUUUCCGAGGGCUAUCCCGAUGAAGCUGCCCAGGUUGUGGCGAAGAAGACCUACACAGAAACGUCCGUAUUGGAACUAUCACACUUCAGAAUCUCCGUCACUGGCGCUCCAGUAACUACCUUUGGCCAUCAACGAGCACUGCUCAAUCGGAUGCCCGCGUCAAGACUGGCACCAGGAGCUAAAUACGAUGCUUCAACCUACAAACCGACGUUCGUGCACGAUACUCUCGCGCUGCCAGGAUCACUGGCUCAGCUUCUUCUUGGAAAGGGGUCGGCAGAGGACAUAAUACCGAGAAUGACUCCAGGCAUAUUACCUGGUGUCCACGCGCAUAUCGAUUUGGACACGAAACAACCAGUUCUCGUUCAAUCGCCACGACCAGAAGAUUUUGUGCAGGGCAUGCUGGUGUUCGGUCUGGGCAAAGAAGCUCGGGACGUCCUGAGAGCCUAUUAUGGCCGCUUUGCUCAUCGCCAUCGGUUUCCAGUCGAGCUUGAAGUCCGUGUGGGAGAAGAUGGCCGGUAUCAUCUCGAGCGCCGAGCUAUAUGGGCGUACGUCUGGCUGAAGUCCUCCAAAAUCGAUGAUUGCGAGGUAUCAUCUCAUGACAACGGAUGCCCCAAGUGGGACCUCGAGCAGUUCCUAGGUGGCAAGUUGGGUGCUCGUCUCCCGUUACGGAUUGAGCAAUGCGCUCGAGGCGACGAAGACGAAGAUGGGUACAUAGGUAGGGAGAUCGUUGAACAUGAGAGCGAGCCGGAGGAAGAUGAGCCAGAAAGAGAAGUCGUCCAUGGCGGACCAGGACUACUCGAUUAUCAGCGAGCUUCGUAUUUUACCGGCUGGUAG